UCUCCUCGCUCUUCCCACACCGCCCUCGGCCGCUCCCUCUCGUACGCCCGUCUGAGGGGGAAUCGAGCGCGGAACGCAUCGAUAGCUCUGCCCUCUGCGGCUUCCCGGCCCCGAACUCAUCGGUGUGCUCGGAGCUCGAUUUCCCUAGGCGGCGGCCGCGGCGGCGGAGGCAGCAGCGGCGGCGGUGGCGGCUGUGGCGGCGGCGGCGGCGGUGGCGGCUGCUCGGCCAGUACUCCCGGCCCCCGCCAUUUCGGACUGGGAGCGAGCGCGGCGCAGGCUCUGAAGGCGGCGGCGGGGGCCAGAGGCUCGGCAGCUCCCAGGUGCGGGAGAGAGGCCUGCUGAAAAUGACUGAAUAUAAACUUGUGGUAGUUGGAGCUGGUGGCGUAGGCAAGAGUGCCUUGACGAUACAGCUAAUUCAGAAUCACUUUGUGGAUGAAUAUGAUCCAACAAUAGAGGAUUCCUACAGGAAGCAAGUAGUAAUUGAUGGAGAAACUUGUCUCUUGGAUAUUCUCGACACAGCAGGUCAAGAGGAGUACAGUGCAAUGAGGGACCAGUACAUGAGGACUGGGGAGGGCUUUCUUUGUGUAUUUGCCAUAAAUAAUACUAAAUCAUUUGAAGAUAUUCACCAUUAUAGAGAACAAAUUAAAAGAGUCAAAGACUCUGAAGAUGUACCUAUGGUCCUAGUAGGAAAUAAAUGUGAUUUGCCUUCUAGAACAGUAGACACAAAACAGGCUCAGGACUUAGCAAGAAGUUAUGGAAUUCCUUUUAUUGAAACGUCAGCAAAGACAAGACAGGGUGUUGACGAUGCCUUCUAUACAUUAGUUCGAGAAAUUCGAAAACAUAAAGAAAAGAUGAGCAAAGAUGGUAAAAAGAAGAAAAAGAAGUCAAAGACAAAGUGUAUAAUUAUGAACCUGGUCCUUUUAAUGGAAAAACAGUAUUCACAAACUACAGCCUAGAUGGAAUAUUUUAGAAACCAGGAUCUGGAUGCUAGAAAUGCUCAUUACUAUUGCAUUGUCACUGUUCCCAGGUCCUCUAAGUGGACAAUGCUACAAGUGUAUG